GUAUGUAGAGUAAUACAUUUUUCUUAUGUUGAUAGGAUGAAACAAGGAAGAAAAAAUAGUGAGGCUAACAAUAGUUCAUCAGAGGAAGAGAUUGGAAGAGAAUCUAAGAAACAGAAGAUUGCAGAUGAAGAAUCCACUGAAAUCUCUCUGAGUCCUGAUUGGGGUAACCUCCUUCCAGACAUUAUCCUGCAGGUGUUUCAGUACUUGCCUCUUCUUGAUCGUGCUCAUGCAUCACAAGUCUGCCGAAGAUGGAAUCAGGUGUUUCAUAUGCCUGAUCUCUGGAGAUGUUUUGAGUUUGAACUGAAUCAACCAGCUACAUCUUAUUUGAGGGCUACGCAUCCUGAUCUUAUCAAUCAGAUUAUUAAAAGGCAUUCCAAUCAUCUACAGUAUGUUAGCUUCAAGGUGGACAGCAGCAAGGAAUCAGCAGAAGCAGCUUGUGAUAUUUUAUCACAACUUGUGAAUUGCUCUUUAAAAACUCUUGGACUGAUUUCAACCGCUCGACCAAGCUUCAUGGAUUUACCUAAGUCGCAUUUUAUCUCUGCACUGACAGUGGUGUUUGUAAACUCCAAAUCCCUCUCUUCGCUUAAAAUAGAUGAUACGCCAGUAGAUGAUCCAUCCCUCAAAGUACUAGUGGCUAACAACAGUGAUACACUCAAGCUGUUAAAAAUGAGCAGUUGUCCUCAUGUUUCUCCUGCAGGUAUCCUUUGUGUGGCUGACCAUUGUCAUGGUUUACGUGAGUUGGCACUGAACUACCAUCUCUUGAGUGAUGAGCUUCUGCUUGCUUUGUCUUCUGAGAAACAUGUCAGAUUAGAACAUCUGCGCAUUGAUGUAGUCAGUGAGAAUCCUGGACAGACUCACUUCCACACAAUUCAGAAGAGCAGCUGGGAUGCUUUCAUCAAGCAUUCUCCCAAAGUAAACUUAGUCAUGUACUUUUUCUUAUACGAAGAGGAAUUUGACCCAUUCUUCCGUUAUGAAACCCCUGUCACCCACCUUUACUUUGGGAGGUCAGUAAGCAAAGAUGUACUUGGUCGUGUUGGAAUGUCAUGUCCUCGAUUAGUUGAACUGGUUGUGUGCGCCAAUGGAUUACGGCCACUAGAUGAAGAACUUAUUCGUAUUGCAGAACGCUGUAAGAAUCUGUCAGCUAUUGGCCUAGGGGAGUGUGAAGUCUCGUGCAGUGCCUUUGUUGAGUUUGUGAAGAUGUGUGGUGGCCGCCUCUCUCAGCUGUCUAUAAUGGAAGAAGUCUUGAUUCCUGAUCAGAAGUACAGCUUGGAGCAGAUUCAUUGGGAAGUGUCAAAGCAUCUUGGUAGAGUCUGGUUCCCAGACAUGAUGCCCACAUGGUAAAGUCCUUAAAGACUUCAGGGCAUGUGAAAUAGCACCUUACAUUUGAGAAUACCAUAUUGCAACUUAUCACAAGCUUAUUUAAUAUUAUAAUUUUUAUUGUAAUGUCACUGCUUUGAUUAGAAAAUUGAUGCCAUGUUUAGCACUAAUUUCUGAAAUCCACAUUUUCUAUGCUUAAAUCUGGAUAUUCCAGAAACCACUUUCAUUCUAAUAAAAUUAGUCUGUUUUAGGUUUUCUCACUUUGCCAUUGACAAGGACCCUAAAGUUAUGUAAAUAAUAAAAUUUGAAAACCCUGACAUAUUUAAAAGUUGUGGUUGCAAAAUAUUAGCUCCGAAUUACAAUAUUUUAUCUGUUACUUUGAUAUAGAUAUUAAUAGUGAACAGACUGAUUUGUAUUGACUUACAAAGGGAGGUAAGAUGGAAUGUUUUUACUGCAGACUAUAGCAGUUACCUAGUGUUUAAAUGACAUGAACUGCCUGAACUACAGAAUUUUAAGAUUACAUGGAGCAUUUAGUAGGCUAUGAAACUCAUACAUUACAUAGUAGUAAAUUAAGAGGCAAGACAACAGAAGUCUUGUUUAGACACUUUAAAAAUAUUAAAUUAGCUACUUGUUUAAUUUCUGAUUAGUAAUUUGCACACAAUGUAUUUUAUAGAUGAGGGUUACCAAAAGCUUUUUUCUCCAUUUUUCUACUGUAAACUUGACAUUUCUAGGGUCUUCAGAGCC